AUGUGCACUCAAUUUAAUCGAGGUAUUAUCUCGGUAGUUAAUGUAGUUUUCGUCAUACCGAUAAGCUGUAACAAUGCUAUUUUCUAACAGCUUUGAAUAAUCUGAAUGUUGGAUUUGCUAUUAAAACUCCACAAUUGUAAUCUAUAAAUCCAUAUUGGUUUAAUAAUCACGACGUACAGUAGACUUUUACUUGUAAGGUCUAGAUCGAAAUUAUUUCGAUCAACCAAUUUAUAGUUUUUUCAUUUUCUUCUUAAUUUACAAUUUUUCUGACGAAUAUAGUGUUUCCAGUUGAGCCGAGGACCAAAGUGCGUUCUUAGAUUUAUUGUAAGUUGCUUUAUAGGAUGACCAACUGAUUCUGUAAUAUUGGUUUAUAGACGGUCUUACGCAAAAUGUAGUUUAAUUUCACAAAUUUCUAAAUAUCAAUAAAACAUAUGAAUACAUUAUUUUUCUUUUUAGUAAUGUACACCUAAACCAAAUAUUGUAUCAGUAUUAAUUAAUCAAUUAUUACAAAUAACAUCUCUAUCUUUAACCUAGCUUUGGAGAAAGUGGUUAGAGAACUUCAAACCAAUGAAGGUGGUAUCCAGUUAAACGAAAAUAGAAUACGGGUUCUAGGUUUUGCGGAUGAUUUGGUUAUUCUGGGUGAAUUCUUAACGGACGUAGCGAACGCAACCAGAAUCUUGAGUAAUGAGGCAAAGAAAAUAGGAUUGCACAUCAGUGAUGAUAAAACCAAAAACAUCAGUGAUGAUAAAACCAAAAUAAUGGAGCUUCUAGGAAGUGGUGAAAACCCCAGAGAAGGAAGUGGUGAAAACCCCUUCUAG